AUGGCGGAGUUACGAGAAGAAACCAAAGAAAUCUCCAAGUACAUCAAGGAUCAGGGGUACCAUCUUGUGGAAAUCUACGAGUGCCAGUGGCGUCGAAUUAAGAAAACCAACUCACAAGUUCAGCAGUUUCUUAACUCCAAGUUUAACCGCCCUCUUGAUCAUCACAAGACUCUGACACAAGACCAGAUCUUAAGCGCAAUAAGAAGCGAGUCCCUCUUUGGAGUGGUCGAGUGUGAUGUUCGAGUACCUGAUGCACUAAAACCCAAGUUUGCAGAAAUGUGCCCCAUUUUCAAAAACAUACAAAUUUCAAGAGAAGAUAUUGGUCAGCACAUGCAAACCUUUGCUGAGGAAGAGAACAUCAUGUCACAACCUCGAAGAAGUCUCGUUGGUAGCUAUUUUGGUGAGAAGAUCUUAUUGGCUUCCCCACUCAUUAAGUGGUACUUGGAGCAUGGUCUGGAAGUGACUCAUAUUUAUCAAGUAGUGGAGUAUACACCCGUUCCCUGUUUCCAACCCUUUGGGAAAGCUGUAUCGGAUGCUAGACGGGCUGGAGAUGUAGACCCAAACAAAGCCAUCAUCGCAGACACUAUGAAAUUGGUAAGUUGUUCUCCUAUUGAGGGAACGGAGGGAGAAAUACGCUUUAAGGUACAAAAAAAACCUCAUAUCAAUGUUGUCUUUUUUCAUAGGUGGGGAACUCGAGUUAUGGAAAGACGAUAACCGAUCAAGAACGCCACCGAGAAGUUCAGUUUUGGGAAGAAACCAAAGCGUCCCGCUUAAUAAACAAACCCUUCUUUAGACAGAUUGAACUGAUUGAUAAAAAUACGUUUGAAGUGCAAUCUUGCAAGAAAAAAAUCAAGUUGAACCUUCCCAUGCAGAUAGGUUUUUUCGUUUAUCAGUACGCUAAACUUAGAAUGCUUCAGUUUUUAUUGAUUUCAUGGAUAAGUAUCUUGAUCGUAGUGAUUUUCAGUAUUGUGAAAUGGACACCGACUCUGCCUAUAUCGCGAUCGCAGGGCAAUCGGUAG